AUGGGGGGGGAUAUAUGUGGUUUGUUGGUGGUGUGGGGGUUGGGUUGUGGUGGGUGGGGUGGGGGGUGGGGGGUGUGGGGGGGUUUUGGGUUGAGGGGGAGGGGGGAUGGUGGGGGUAUUGGGAGGGAUGUGGGGAGGGGUGGGGGGUGUGGGGAGUUGUUGUGUGGGUGUUUGUGGGAUGGGUGGGGGUGGAUUGUAUGGUGUAGUUUGAUAGUGGUGUGGGGGAGGGGGAGGGGGGUGGGGUGUUUGUGUAGGGGUGGUGGGGUGGGUUUUGGGGGGGGGUUAUUGUUGUUGGUGGGUAAGUGUGGGGGGGGUGGGUUUUUUUUAUGGGUUGGUGGGGGGGUGUUUGUGAGGGUAGUGAGUUGA